CUGAAUCCCACGCCCAACGACGAAUACGUCUGUCCGGCCCCGCCUGCCUGUGAGAGUGUGAGUGACGCCCAGCGCGGACGGAAAAUAUCUCGCGCCGCCGCCGGGAUUUAGGGUUCCAACGUUUCCACUCUGGUCUAGGAUCGUAUCAUCCCAUACAUAUAAAAUCCCCCCCGCGCCACUACUGUACUGUACGACGCGGUCUCUCCUCCGCUCCGCUCCGGUCAACCCAAGUUCCUCCUCGCCUCCCAAGCCGUCUUCCUCCUCCUCGCAGUGAUGGCUGAUGAGGAUGAGUACCGAUGCUUCGUUGGGAACCUGUCCUGGUCCACAACUGAUGAAAGCCUCAAGGAUGCAUUCUCAAAAUAUGGCAAAGUUACCGAGGCAAAGGUGGUUAUGGACAAGUUUUCUGGACGUUCACGUGGAUUUGCCUUUGUGACCUUUGAUGAGAAGAAAGCCAUGGAAGAAGCUAUCGAGGACAUGAAUGGAUUGGACUUGGAAGGGAGGGCCAUCACUGUUGAUAAAGCUCAGCCUCAAGGGGCUGGUAGAGAUCGUAACGGUGACCGUGAUUUUGAUCGUGACCGUGGGUCUCGUGGUGGCCGUGACUAUGGCGGUGGUCGUGCGCCGCGUGGUGGUGGUGGUGGGGACUGCUUCAAGUGCGGCAAACCUGGACACUUUGCUAGAGAGUGUCCAGAUGGUGACGGCGGGAGAGGUGACCGAUAUGGUGGCAGAGAUGAUAGGUAUGGUGGUGGUAGAUCUGACCGUGGCGGUGAUCGUUCUGACCGUGGCGGCGAUCGUUCUGACCGUGACCGUUCUGACCGUGGCGGCGACCGUUCUGAUCGUGACGGUGAUCGAUCUGAGCGUGGCAGUGACCGAUAUUCUAGCCGUAGCCGAGAUGGUGGAAGCGGGGGUGAUCGUUACAGUCGUGACCGAUCAGGUCCCUACUGAUGGCCUGGAUCUUGAGAAGUGUGUUUCAUCCAGGUAUGAAAACCCUAUCUACUAUCAUGAGGUGUGUUUCCUUGUGUCUGAAACUUUGUGAUCAUGUAUUUGAAUCAUAAUGAUGUACCGUGAGUAAGCAGAUCCUUUAUUACAGACCAUAUUACUGACCUGCUUAUUAUUUGCUUCCUGGUUAAUGUGAGUCACAUGGACUUUGGCCAUAAAAUGCUUGGCGCUGGGCCCUACAUGUUUGCUUGAUAUGCUGCUCGGUGGUUCUUGCUUGGUUGAGAGGUGGCUUUUGGUCGCGCUGUGUGUUGAUGCUCCAUCAUGCUGGUUGUGCUCAUGCGAGAUACGUGGGUUAUGUGGGAUUGGACGGGCAUACCAUGUUGUUGUUCCUGUGGUACCGGGAAGGAAACGGUGAACUAAACUUUGCUUGAAAAAUUCAUCGCAAGAAAAGGGGGAGAUGACAAUCAUCGGUCCGUAAAAGGAAAAGCAAACCGGUAAUCUCUUUCAAUGCUCUGUUUUUGAGAUUGAGUUGACCUAUCAAUCUUAAAUGAUCUUCUGUUUUGGCAGGCCCCCUUUUGGGUUGCUUAUUUUGUUCUGGAUCGGUUUCGUUGUUGUCUAAUAAUGACUGAGGUCAUGUUGGCUGAUUCCAAUCCGUGCCAGUAUACCAUAGCCAUUGGAGGACCCCUGCUUCUCUGCAGCCUGCCUAAAAAUGUUGGUCUGUGCCUUUGCCGCUGUUGGUCGGCUUUGGUACCUGGUCACUGGAGUUUGUCCCUGUUGGUCGGCCUUGCUACCUGGUCGCUGGAGUUUGCUAGCUGUUGUUUCCUUGUUUCGUUGAGCUGUGCCGUUCGUCGCUAGAGAUGCAUCACUGGGCCGUGUUCGUCGCGAGAGAUGCGCAUGAGAAUAAUGCUGAGCUACCUGGCUAUUCUUCUUUGGCAAUGCACCACCGGAGUAGCAGGUUCCGUUAGUAUGUAGUGUAUUAUAGUGUGCCAUUGCAAGUUUACAUGGCCAUCAGAUAGGUCAUCUAAAGAGUUUUUCCUUGUUUAAAUUUAGUUUACAUGGCAUUGCAAGUUUUACAUGUUUUAAUCGUCUAAAGAAUGUUUUGUUCACUUUAUUUGUUUUUCCUUGUUUAAAUUCAUGAGCUGUUCAUCCUUAUGUGUGUGGAAUUGUUGUACUAAGAAAAGUGAUUGCUGGUUUCAGUUGCUAAUACAAGCAAAGUUUGCA